ACUGUGUUCAAUAGCAAUGGUUUAGUGCAGUUUUAUAUUGACAGCUUUGCUUUGCGUGCCUGUGCUACUGCAGGCACCGUCUUGUUAACACGCUGCGAUGUGGACUUUGAUAACGACGAGACUCGGCGACGAGCCUUCUGUAGUGUCGCGCUGACAUUGUUGGCUAACUUGGUUAGCUGUUAGCAUCGUUCUCUAGUCAAGUACAUGCCGCUUUAGCCGUUUUUCAUGCUAACCAUGCUAGCAGACAUUGGAGUCAGCUUCUAGCUUCACCGAGCGCUCCAGGCGUCAACAGACUUGGGACAGUUGUUGUUGUUGCAUUGUCGGAUCAUUUUUGAAACGUCAGUCGAGCAAAUAUUCAGUGAACCUUCCGGUGUGUUAUUCAGCUCUGUGGUUGUUCAUGACAGGGGCAGCAGCGGGGGACAUUUGUAAGCGUUUUGACACCUGAGCGAGCACCUCCACAAAGCUCAGCAGCAGCAUCAUCAGCAGCAUCUGGGCUCCUUGGAUGGGAUCGAUUCAUGUACUUACUCUCUAACUGACCUGGGUUCUUGGACUGUGACAGCGAAGCAGAAGGCGGGGACACGUGAGUAGCUCCCUGCUGCAUGGCACUUUUUCCUUUGAGCACGGAGGGGUCUGCGUGAAGGCUGAAAGAUGGUCUGAUGGACCGCCGCUUCUUCCUGACCCUUCUCUUCUGCUCUGUGUCGUGGAUCUUCUUCUGGGAGGUGCGCUGGAAGAAAGGAAAGGAAAGUCAGGUUGAGGAAUGGCUCCGAGGACAUCACCUCUCUCAAUACAGGCACUUGUUUGAAGAUGUACAGACUCUAGAGGAACUGAGUCUGAGUGUACUGAGUCGCCUGGAAGAGGUGGUGAAGGAACAGCAGAGCUGGAGGGAAAUUGCAGAGGCCCACAUCCAGCUGCUCCGAGACUUUGCCUUCCAAGAGUGGCUUUGCUCCCAGAACCUGGAGCACUACUACCAUUCACUGAAGACCUUGGGUUGUAUGAAUCUGGAUGAUCUGUCUCAGUUUGAUAGUCAACUGCAGCUGUCUCUAGCUGCCUGGGGCUACUACUACGAAGACUACAUCAAGUUGUCCACAGGCAUCAAGAUCCUCAGGAACUCCAGGGGCAGUCGAGACCAGGACUACGAGAUCCGGCUGGUGCACAACCUCGCUCUGCGGCGUCUGAAUGAGAGGUGGUCAAUCGCGGGAGCUCUCAUAUUUGGCUGUACUGUGGCACUCUGCUUCCUGAUAAGGGACCUCAUGUUUUACGUGAUUGGUGGAAUUACUGUUUCCAUCAUAGCAUUUGUCUUUACUAUCAAGUUCCUCUGUGAGCUUGCAGCGAGGGUUGUCAGCUUCCUUCAGAAUGAGGAUCCAGGGCGACGUGGAGACCGUAGCAUCUAUGACUAUGUCCGGGGAAACUACCUGGACCCACGUUCCUGCAAGGUGUCAUGGGACUGGAAGGAGCCACAGGAAGUGGGACAGAUUAUGAGCUUCAGAGUUCAGCUGUUCUAUAAAAAUGGCCAGCCCUUUCCAGCCCAUCGACCUGUGGGACUCAGGGUCAACAUCACCCAUAUUGAAUUGGCUCUGGACAUCCCGGUUACACAAGAGGUUCUGCAAGAGCCAGAGUCCAAUGUAGUCAAAAUGGCCUUCACAGUGCGCAAGGCUGGACGCUAUGAGGUUGCGGUCAAGCUGGGCGGCCUCAAUGUGGCUUAUAGCCCUUAUUACAAGAUAUUCCAACCAGGUACAGUUGUCCCAUCCAAAACAAAGAUAGCCUACCACUUCUCCACCCUGGUCCUGAUAAACGGCCAGCAGCACACUCUGCAGAUCGAGCCCAGGGAUGAGUAUGGAAACCCCACCAGUAACUCCACGUCUCUCACAGAUGAAGCCAACUACAGCGUCCACGUGCACUCUCUGGGCACAGUGGAUGACGACAGUCUGGAGGGGUUCUACAGUAAAUCAGUUACACUCAACAAGCAGCAGUGCCAGGUUAUGCUGAGACUGACCCUGAGGAAGACGGGGUGUUUCAGGGCCCGCAUCUCCUACAAGGACCAGCAGCUCAGCAACGGGGAAUUUGACAUUAUUGUUCUCAGUGAGAAUGAGAAGGCCUGUGUGGAAAAGAAUGUGUCCACUCCGGGCAUAAGUAUCUACUUUGAAGCGUACCUUUACAGCAGUGGGAACUACAGCAGUUCAUCGUGGCAGUUACCAGCCUCCUCUUUGCUGGCUCCCCAGCGGAGGCCCUCUAUGGGAGAAGAGGAGGACGAGCAUGACUCUCCUGUGGAGGGACAACCAGAGAAAGUCAAGAAACCAAAAAAGGUCUACUGUUACAUAUCACCAAAGCAACUAUCCGUGAAGGAGUUCUACCUGAAAAUAAUUCCGUGGCGCCUUUUCACCUUUCGAGUAUGUCCAGGAACGAAGUUUACCUAUCAUGGUCCUGAUCCCGUUCACAAGUAUCUAACCCUAGUGGUGGAUGAUGGGAUACAGCCUCCUGUGGAGCUCAGCUGCAAAGACAGGAACAUCAUGGCUGCCACCUUCAUUCGCUUCCUGCACAAGAACAUUGGUGGCUCUGAGACGUUCCAAGACAAAGUGAACUUCUUUCAACGUGAACUCAGACACAUCCACUCCAAGAGACCUCGCACCAAGACCUGCCUAAAAAUCACUCGACACUCUAUUCUAGAUUCAUCCCUGAAGGCUACAAGGAACUUCUCAGUGUCAGACUGGAGUAAGAACUUUGAGGUCGUGUUUCAGGACGAGGAAGCUCUGGACUGGGGGGGACCUCGCAGGGAGUGGUUUGAGCUGAUUUGCAAGACCCUCUUUGACACGUCCAACCAGCUGUUCACCCGUUUCAGCGACAAUAACCAGGGUCUUGUCCACCCAAAUGCAGAAAGGUCGCCCCACCUACGUCUGAAGAUGUAUGAGUUUGCGGGUCGUGUUGUUGGGAAGUGCCUGUAUGAGUCUGCCCUGGGUGGAGCGUACAAACAGCUGGUGCGAGCUCGCUUUACGCGCUCCUUCCUGGCCCAGAUCAUUGGCCUUAGGAUGAACUACAAGUACUUUGAGACCGACGACCAGGAGUUCUACAAAACUAAAGUCUGCUUCAUCCUAAACAAUGACGUGAGUGAAAUGGACCUGGUGUUCGCGGAGGAGAAGUACAGCAAGUCCGGACAGCUGGAGAAGGUGGUGGAGCUGAUAUCAGGGGGAGCUCAGAUUGCAGUCAACAAUGAAAACAAGAUGCAUUAUCUCAACCUGCUGGCUCAGUACAGACUGGCCAGCCAGGUGAGAGAUGAAGUGGAACAUUUCCUGAAAGGCUUGAAUGAACUGGUUCCAGAAAACCUGCUAGCCAUAUUUGAUGAGAAUGAGUUGGAGCUCUUGAUGUGUGGCACCGGUGAUAUAAACGUGCAGGACUUCAAAGCCCACGCUGUGAUUGUCGGAGGAUCGUGGCACUUCAGAGAGAAAGUGAUGAAGUGGUUCUGGGCUGUCGUGUCCAGCUUCACUCAGGAGGAGCUGGCUCGUCUGCUGCAGUUCACCACUGGCUCAUCUCAGCUCCCCCCCGGGGGAUUCAACACUCUGUGUCCCUCCUUCCAGAUCAUCGCCGCCCCCACACACAGCACCUUGCCCACUGCACACACCUGUUUUAACCAGCUGUGCCUCCCGACCUACGAUUCCUACGAGGAGCUGCACAAGAUGCUGAAGCUGGCCAUCAGUGAGGGCAGUGAGGGCUUCGGCAUGCUCUGACUCCUCCACCACCGGCACUGUGGCUCCACUCCUGCAAGAGGACACCAGCACUACCCGCUCCAGUGCACCACUCCUCUGCAUUCACCUGCAUUUAACAGUCAGGCUUCACAGCAAAGACUCCCUAUAAAUACUCUCUCAGGAUGAGAGGGCAUCGCAGAAAGCUGAACUGGAAUCAGGACUUCUAUGAACUCUAAUGCUACUGUAUGUAUAAUAAAAUAUCUCUGUUUUUUUGUAAUGAAAAAAAAGGAUUUCUUGGACUGCUGUAAAAGGCGAGAUUUGGUCUGGUUUUAUUUCUUAAAGGCUAAAGGUUUGCUAAGUUUUAUAUGUUUGAAAGGCAAACGAUGCAGAGCAAAGGCCUUGAAUAUUAACUGUAUAUUCGCUUCUUUUGCAAUUUGCGAACUGAGGAACACUUAAGUGCAACCGCAGCCCACAUGUGAUGUGGGUGACGCGUGCAUCUACAGCACUUUGGCCUUAAUCGAUCAGGGACUGAUGUUUGUAUGUAAAUAUCCAAUAUCACUCUUUUAUGUCGAUACUUGUACAUACUAUCGUGUAUACAUACCUUUUUCAUCUUGUUACUUUUUCAUUUGACGUUUGGGGCGAGGGUGGGGGGACUUCUUUAUCAUUGCACGUUUUGAUGGGUUGAACGUUAAUAUCAUUUCUAUAAGCUUUUUUUUUUUUUCCCCGAUAGAGAUGAGAGGGUUUUAAAAGGAGCCAAGUAAUUACUAUUGUUUAUACAUGUUUUUUAACUUAUUGUGUCUUUGGGAAGAAAGUAUUUGUGUUGACCCAUACUGUCGAAAGCGGUAAAUGUUUUUGUUAAUUUUUUUAUAACCUGCCUUAUUCAUGCCCUUUGCCUCUGAUUGUAUCCAGGGAGCUCUGUAGGUGAGAGAAGCAUAGUCAACAGUAAUAGAUAAUAGUUAAGAUAUUUCUACUACAUUUCCCCCCCCCCCCCCACACACACUGUGGGUUCACUGUGGAUGUGAGUGUUGGUUGGAUGUUAGGGGAGAGCUCAUAUAUAACAAAUGUUGUUAUAUGCUUUUUACUUUCCAGUUCGCAGCCUUUUCAUGGGUUUACCUCAGAAACUCCUACUCCACCUAUGCAUCCUCUGACACAGGUGUAUAUGUGUUCACUGCACGUACAUAUACGUCAGAGCAUGAAGUUUGUUCUUAGUUGCCUCCUUCCAACACCCCCAACUUCACAAGCUUCAGCCAUAUUAACCAACAUCCUCAGUAAACUGCAGCGUUGUAUAUCUUUGGGGAAUAUUGUUUUCCAUUAUAUUAUUGUGAAGCUAUUUAUUUUUGAUGCUGUCAGCAUCGUCUAUAUCCUGAGCCAACAGAAUCGCUUUCCUGUUUUUAUUUCUGUUCGUAAUUGUGUAGCUGUCCCAGAGUUUACAUGUUCAUUAGCCAUUUUAUUAUAGUGUGUGCUGCCAGUCGGAUUGUGAAGGAAAAAUCCGUGUUUAGACUCCGAAGCGAAAAAGAAAAUGCGGAUGAUUAAUUGCUCUCAGCAGUGUUUGAAUAUGUUAACUUUCCCCACAGAGCACUCGGCUUUCAGCUCCACUCCUCACAUUGUUCUCACAGUUGGCAAGAAAAAGUUUGACUCUGCCACCAAGAGAUUUAACUUCAGGAAAGGCAGCCAUGUCACAUUUUGACUGCAGGUGUUAGUUACUACUGGUUGGGAUUAUUUGCAUUGACUCGGCACAGCAAGUGCAGUGGGAUUUGGUGAGCCUUAGCAUUAGUCGGGCUUUAACAGUGUUAAGAGGUUUGUCAGAGGGUUUGUGGAUUUGUGUGUUUUGGGUUGUGCAAUGUUGACCUGACGUGCUGAGGAGAGCAGUGGAAAUCUUUCAUUUUCAGCACCAAUGCCUGAUAUCACACUUCUCUGUAGUAAAUGUAACACGUGUUAGUUGACGUUCCCUUAGAUGACAUGACCAUUGUAAACAGAUAAGGAGGUCUGUCCUGUAGUUUUAUGUUGUAUACUGUUUUGAUUUUCAUGAGCUUACGACUCUGGUUCAAUUUCGGAAGGUUUCUGGGUUAGUUCGCCCGAGUGUGACUUUUAGCAAUGUAGAUAUUGUGAAAUAUUUGCCUACUUGACUUUGAAGCUGGGGUUAAUUUUUCCCCCUUUUCUUUUUCUUUUUUUUAAUAGAAAGCCCCUGCUGAUGAAUGUUUGAGGUUCUCUGCUCUGCAGGUCCUUUUGUUUAUGGGAAUAAAAAAUGAUGGACUGGAUUCUUAUCAUCUUA